CGGCUCGGUGUGUCUCCGGGAGAGGACGUGCGUUUCGUCACUCGCCGCGUCGGCACCGCGCGAGGUGAAGCGUGAGAGCGGAGAAAGAACCGACGGCUCGCGGAGCAGAAGCGACUCUCAUCUUCAUUCAGCCCGUGUCUGCGUUGGAGAGGGGGGCGGGGGGGCACGGAGAGAAGACCAUCACACAAAGAGACGUCGUGAAGCCAUGAAGAAGCAAAGUCCCGCCCCGGCUGGGCAGCAGCCCGCCGGAGCCCCCCCGGGGGGCGGCGAGAUCACCGUGCAGCAGCUGAACGAGCUGCUGACCAACGGCAGCGGGUUCUACAGCCUGCCCACCCAACACUUCCACGAGGUCUUCCCCCGGAUCUACAUCGGGAACGCGUUCGUGGCCCAGAACGUGAUGCGUCUGCAGAAGCUUGGCGUGACCCACAUCCUGAACGUGGCGGAGGGGAACUCCUUCAUGCACGUCAACACCAGCGCUGAGUUCUACGUGGGCACGGGCAUCACGUACCACGGCGUGCGGGCCAACGACACCGAGCAGUUCAGCCUCAGCGCCUUCUUCGAGGAGGGGGCCGACUUCAUCGACAAGGCCCUGGCCCACAACAACGGCAAGGGCAAGGUGUACGUGCACUGCCGGGAGGGCUUCAGCCGCUCGCCCACCAUGGUGCUGGCCUACCUCAUGCUGCGCCGCAAGAUGGACGCCCGCGCGGCCAUCGCCACCGUGCGGCUGAAGCGGGAGAUCGGCCCCAACGACGGCUUCCUGCGCCAGCUGUGCCAGCUCAACCAGCAGCUGGCCCGCGAGGGCCGCCUGGGGCCCGGGGGGGGGGCCCCCGUGAGGAACAAAUGAAGACGAAGAGGAGGAAGAGGACGAGGAGGAGGAGCAGAGGCGGAGGAGGAAGAAGCGACCCUGUGCCCCGCCUCCUUAUCCUCCUUCCUCCGGUCAUGUCUGUUCACCGGCUUCAGCUGCUCGCCAAGGCUGGCCCCGCCCUCCCCGACUACUGAGUGAACACACACUGGGCCGAGCACGCACACACACACACACACACACACACAGACACUCACACACACACACACACACACACACACACACACACACACAGACACACACACACAC